AUGGCGAACAAGGUGGAGGCAAACAUUGAAGCCUGGGAAGCUCGAUGGGAGCAGUUGCAGGCCGCGAAUAUCGUGGCUUCUCAGCGCAUCGAGAAUAUCGAUGCCCAGCUGGCACAGCUCCUCGAACGGCCCACCUGCCCGAGCUCAACAGUUUCAGCCGCCGUCCAGACGGAAUCGGAAGAUAAGAACCUGCGCGAGACAGUGGAGAAGCAGGAGUUUCAGCUGCAGCUUGCGGCAGGCGACAAGUUGAUGCUGAAGGACGAGAACAGUAAUUGCCGCAGGAUUGCGCUGGAUGCGCUCAAGGAGAAGAACGGCUACAAGGAGCCUGCGCCGCCUUGCUUCGUAGUUGCACGCGCAACCGGCCAGCGGCUGGCCAUGCAGGCGGAGCUCGCAGCCGCGCAGAGGCCAUCGGGCAUCCGGGAGGAGCUGGAGAAUCAGGAGAAUGAGGACCCAGGCUCGACUCGCGACUCGCGCAGUGCACGCGAAGCGGUGCGAAGCUGUGAACUUCAGGGCAAGCCAGCACCGAGGCGAUUCUGGAGGUGGGAUCUUUGCCGCGACUCUGGGGAGCAGGAGCAGCAAGAAGAGCUACCGCGACCACAUCGUGCAAGUGGGCCUGGGUGGCUGUAUCUCUAUGGAGAGGCACUUCUUCCCCGAGCUGCAGACGGAUCAGACGGCCGGAUCAUCCUCAAAAACGAGGACAUGGUGGCAGCGUAUGCGGCUCAUUUCGGGCAAACUCCCACGCCGGAGCAGCUGCGGAAUUGGGUGAAGAACAGCCAUGGACAGGCGAUCUCUUACAAGGAGGCCAGGAACCUGAUAGCCUCCGCCAAGGAAGCGAAGAAGCAGGCGAAGUGA